UUAAGAAGUGACAUAUCAAUCGAGUGGCUUACUCGUAGCUGCGCACUUUUCUGUUCGAGCGCAUACCAAGUGCGCACUGGUAUUUUGGCCUGACAGAACAUUCGAGUUGGUUCGCUCGUACGGGCGCAGCUAAUUUACAUAUAUCGCGUGCGGGCCAUCGUCCAUUCUCGUGACAGUCUACAACUGGUACGCGGUAAAAUUUACAAGAAAAUGAAUUUUGGUACACGUGUAUUCGCCUUCCUCCUUGUGUUAUCAAUGAUCGCGUGGCAAGCGUUGGCAGGAAGCGUCCCAGGUCCUGCCAACCAAAUUAAUCCAAUAGACGUGCUUUUUAUGAUCGAUGGUUCAGGGAGUGUGACUCCUCGAGGCUUCGACAAGCUACGCUUGUUGCUCAAACAAAUAAUAGAUGGUAUGUCGUGUAUAGACUACUUUUCGCCAAAAGGAUGCCACGUUGCAUUGAUCCAGUUUAGUUCAAGGAAGCUGACGAAAGUGGAAUUCAACUUGGAUACUUUUAACAACAAAGAAGAUAUGAAAACGGCCAUCGAGGACAUGGUUUACCAGAGAAAGUACACCUACACCGGAUAUGCGAUGAAACUAGCCGAAGAAAGGGUUUUCAACGGCAGGGGCGGCGAUCGUCCAGGCGCAAAGAACGUUAUCAUGCUUUUCACCGACGGCCACGCCGCUGACCCCCAUAUUGCACAGGCAGUCACGAAGAGCAUGAAGUCGCAGGGCGAUCACGUAAUGACGGUUGGGUUUGGCCCCAAGAAAUACAUCAGUAGAUUUGAAAAGGAAUUGAAAACGAUGUCGUCCAAUAGAGAGAAAGACGUGUUUUUAAACGCUUUCGACGAGAGGGAGAACAUCGUGAAACGCUUGGUCGAGACGUCCUUACCUAAAAGCGACUGUUCAAUCGCCCCGUGUUUAAAUGGUGGAAGAUGUCAGAAUCAAGGGAGGACGGCUUUGUCUGCCACUGCCCGGAGAAGUACAAAGGAACUAUAUGCGAGAUAAAGAAAGGUCCCUGCUACAGCGAUCCGUGUCUAAAUGACGCGGCGUGCGUAGAGAACGGUGAUGAGUUCAAAUGCGUCUGCAGUGAUGAAUUCCAAGGCAAGCUGUGCGAGAAAGCAAAAGUCGUCUGCAAAACGAGGAACACGGACAUCUUGUUCAUCAUUGACGACUCUCGAAGCGUGAGGCGCAGCGAAUACGAAUUGAUGAAGAACUUCAUCAUACAGUUGACAAAUCGUUUUAACAUUUCCGAGGACCAAAGUCGCGUAGCUUUGAUUCAAUUUAGCGCCCAAGCGACCACGGUCAUAAAGUUUCACUUUGACGAAUAUUACGAUAAAGCCUCGCUGACGAGCCGGAUUAAUGGCUUGCAGCUGAGUGAUGGCAGCGCCACAAACACUGACUUUGCUUUAAAAAUGGCCAGGGAACAGAUUUUUAAUGGCCGGCGGGGCGAUAGGUCGGAUGUUCGCAACGUCAUAAUUCUCAUGACCGAUGGUGAGUCACAUGACAACGAUGCCGCCAUCCGGGAAGCGGCGUUGCUAAAGACUGACGUGAGCAUCAUUGCGAUAGGAGUUGGCAAAGGGGACGCACAGGACAGCGAGGCAGAAAAUGGCGGGACCUUUUUCGCUUUCCUCGAAGACCUUUCCUCGGGAACGGAUUACACUUUCGGAGUCAGUUUCGCGAGACUCGACACGAUCAUCGACGGCGUGAUAAAGGCUGCUUGCGAGAAUCUCCAGGACACGUAAACCCGAUAAUCUCAAAGAAUUAUAUAUAGCACUUGUUGAAUUGUCGUCAUAACCCAGAAAAAAUAGACCUGAGUGUGGUGGUGAACUCAAAUAAGACUGGAACUCUAGCUCCGUCGGAAGUUUCCGAGGCCUGGAUCAUACCAACAAGAAAGGUUUCGUGUUCCGCCAUCUUGGCUUCACUCAUUAAUGACGGAAUGUCAGAGAGCUAGCGUUUCAGUCUUAUUUGAGUUCACUGGAUUGCAGUGGCGUAGGAACCUCGUACCCAGAGUCUUUUAGCGGAGGUAAAGACCCGGGUACGAGGUUGGAAUCAGGGGGGGGGGCUAGGUUUUACCACCAAAAAAUUAUAUUGUCAUAUUUUAAUAAACAAAUGACAGUUAACGCAAUAUAUUUAGAACUUCAAUUUCACGCCAGAAAGCGCGGGGAAUUAUUUUUCCGAGUCUCAAUUUUCCAAUUUUCUAGCAGCGAAGUUGACAAUGCAUUAUGGGGAACCACCUGCAAUCCCGCAAUUAUAGUGCAAUUCUGGAACGGCCAAUAAGAGAGGGGGGAAGAUGUAUAGAGUCGAGUCAGCCCAGCUAUACCUGGGACGGUAAACACUAUUUACACAGGUAAAUGAGGAUAUUUGACAGCCAUCUGGGAAGCCAAAUUUUGUUUUUGACGGUGGGAUCGCCAACCGUGCCAACAUAAUAAUAAAAAGGACUGGCACUGAUCCAAAUUAAACGAAAGGCCGAUAA